AGCAACUUUAAAGCCAUCUUGCCAUCAGAUGACACAAGUUUCGGUCCGCCAACCAGCGCCCCGGAGACCGUUCAGAUCAUCGGUUUGACUAAAGACUCGCUGAGAGCAGGUUCGAGUGAAUCGAACGAGUCGAAUCCGCUCCUCUUCACCAACAACGCGAAUCAGCUGACGACACUGACGGCGAUAACGUUGACCACCAGCUCAACUUAUCUGGUCGGCUCUUGCCGACUUCCACGACCGUCACGAUGUCGAGGCGGUCGUCAGUCGCGCUUCGCUCAGCAGCGUCAAUCGAAUGCGUCCGCAACAGCGGAUUAG